AUGGGUUGUGUUGCUUAGAAGAAAAAAGUGGAAAAGCAAAUAUAUAGGAUGGAAACUUAAAUAAAGAAGUUGGUUUAGUAGAAUGAAGAGAUGACAAAUCAGAUCAAUACUAUGAGAGAGUAGGAAUAAUUGCUAUCACAACUUUGUGAACAGAGAUCUGAAAGAUAGGUAUUUACUUAAUAAUCUAUAGAGAAUAGAUUUGACUGCUUUGACAGAUGAAUUAAAUAGUCGAUUUGAAAAGUUGAGAAAUGAUCUCAAAUAAGUUGAUAUUCUUUGUGAGGAACAGAAACAAGCAAAGCUAAAAGAGAUGCUGGAAUGGAAGAAUGUAUGUGAUGUAUUAAUAAUGCUAGUUAUUUGAUAAAUUGGAUAAUGUAUCCAAGAAUAAUUUAUCUCAAAUAUCAGAGGAAGACGAAUAUUGA